AAAUGACGUUCGGAGGCACGGAGCGGGAGAGCAGCGCGGAGAGGCGCCUCCGUCCUCUCUCUGCCCCGCCGCACGCACCCCGCACGGCAGCCCCCGGGUACCCCGCGGCCGCAGCCGCCGCCCGGCAGCCCCUGGCGGCUCCGCUCUGCCUCGCCUCGCCUCGCCUCGCCUCGCCCGGCGGGGACCGGCUGCCGGGGCUCCCCUUUUUUCCAUGACUCGGGAUAACGCGUCCUCCUCCUCCUCCGGAGCCUCUUCCACCGCCGCCGCAGCCUCCGCCGAGCCCCGCGGUGCUCCCGUCGCCGCCCGGCCGCUGGACAGCGCCCGCUCGCCCCGGUGAGGAAGCGGCCGCCGGGGACCCCGAUGUAAAGACGGAACCGACACAGCAAGCGACGCCCGGGUCGGAAGAGCGCCCCCCGCCGAGGCCAGCCUCCCAAGCAGCCUCCGCAGAGAGGUCCCAGCCGGCACGGAGCCCCCCGCCGCCGCCGCCGCCGCCGCCGCCGCCGCCGCCCGGUGCCGCCCGCCCCACCAGCCCCACCAUUCAGCGCGCAAGAUACCCGCCAGAUAUGCCCUGUGUGCAAGCGCAGUAUAGCCCUUCACCGCCCGGUUCGAAUUAUGCAGCUCAGACCUACGCGUAUGGCUCGGAGUACAGCUCGGAGAUCAUGAACCCUGACUAUGCCAAGCUGACCAUGGACCUGAGCAGUACCGAGAUCACUGCCACUGCCACCACCUCCCUUCCCAGCUUCAGCACCUUCAUGGAGGGUUACUCCGGCAGCUACGAGCUAAAGCCUUCCUGCCUCUACCAAAUGCAAUCUGCCUCCUCCAGCCAGAGGCCCCUCAUCAAGAUGGAAGACGCCCGGCUUUCCACCUACCAGCCCUCGCUGCCGCCCUCCACGGACGAGGGGAUGCCCAGCACCUCCAUGUACUUCAAGCAGUCGCCGCCCUCCACGCCCACCACACCGGGCUUCCCCCCGCACCAGAGCCUGUGGGACGAGCCCCCGCUGCAGCCCACCCAGACCUGCCUGCCUCCCGGCCACCUGAUGGAGGCCGCCCCCAUGAAGACUGUGCCUCCGCGCUUCCCCCUCUUCCACUUCAAGCACUCCCCCCCGCACACGCCAGCGGCAGCUGCCCACAUGUGCUACGAGCCGGCAUCCUUGAGCCUCCCCCUGGGCCCCGACAGGCCGGCGGCCGGGCAGGCCCCCAUGGAGAGCCAUUCGUACGGCCUUCCCCUGGCCAAAAGACCAGCCACCUUAGCCUUCUCCCCGCUCGGCCUCAACGCGGCCACCUCCAGCCUGAUGGGGGAGGCCAGCAGCGGCGGCAGCGGCCUCCCCUCCCCGCCCAGCAGGAGCUCCUCGUCCGGGGAGGGCACGUGCGCCGUCUGCGGGGACAACGCCGCCUGCCAGCACUACGGCGUGCGGACGUGCGAGGGCUGCAAGGGCUUUUUCAAGAGAACAGUGCAGAAAAACGCAAAAUAUGUUUGUCUGGCAAAUAAAAACUGUCCAGUGGACAAGAGACGUCGUAACAGAUGUCAGUACUGCCGGUUUCAGAAGUGUCUCAGCGUCGGCAUGGUUAAAGAAGUCGUCCGCACGGACAGCCUGAAAGGGAGAAGAGGUCGGCUGCCUUCCAAACCAAAGAGCCCCUUGCAGCAAGAACCUUCUCAGCCCUCCCCGCCUUCUCCUCCCAUCAGCAUGAUGAACGCCCUCGUCCGAGCUUUAACCGACUCCACGCCCAGGGAGCUUGACUAUUCAAGAUACUGUUCCACUGAUCAGGCUGCUGCAGGCACAGAUGCAGAACAUGUACAACAGUUCUAUAAUCUUCUGACUGCCUCCAUUGACAUAUCUAGAGGCUGGGCAGAAAAAAUUCCAGGAUUUACUGACCUCCCAAAAGAAGAUCAGACAUUACUCAUAGAAUCAGCUUUUUUGGAGCUGUUUGUACUAAGACUCUCCAUCAGGUCUGAUACUGCUGAGGAUAAGUUUGUAUUCUGCAAUGGACUUGUGCUUCAUAGACUUCAGUGCCUUCGUGGAUUUGGGGAGUGGCUCGACUCAAUUAAAGACUUUUCCUUAAACUUAAAGAGCCUUAACCUUGAUAUCCCAGCCUUAGCAAGUUUAUCAGCUCUAACUAUGAUUACAGAACGACAUGGCUUAAAAGAACCAAAGAAAGUGGAAGAGCUAUGCAACAAGAUCACAAGCAGUUUGAAAGAUCACUUAACUUUCAGUUGCCAAAACAAAGGACAGCCGCUCGAGUCCGCAGAGCCUAAGGUACUGGGUGUUCUUGCUGACUUGCGCUCUCUCUGCACACUGGGACUGCAGCGCAUCUUUUACCUGAAACUGGAAGAUUUGGUGCCAGCCCCUUCCAUUAUCGACAGGCUGUUUCUGGACACCCUACCCUUCUGAGUCCAGCCACCCUCCUGAAAGGCAAAUGCCCACCAGAGCAGGCAAAUGGAUCGUGACUUACAGCUAACAUUUCUGCCCUCACUUAACAGAAAAGCAGCUCCAGCUCUAGAAUGAGGUCUUUUCUGGCGCUUUGACCUUACAACCUGAGGCCUAAAACUUACUGGCUUACUGUUUGGGGGUUGUGUUCUUUUUUUUUUUUUCUUUUUUUUUUUUUCCUGUUGUUGUUGUUGGGGUUUUUUUUGUGUGUGAUUUGGGUUUUUUAAAUGGCUAAUAUGGCACUUUUGGACAAUGCUAUCCCAGCAGCAGUAAAAGCUUAACAUGACUGUUUCAAACCUGUUGUUUAACACCUCAUGGGACAUGAGGAAUAAAAUGGUAGAAGCUGUGUGUUUGAAAACAAGAACAGCAAAUAGUUGUUUGCCAGGGUAGUAUGUGUUUUGUGACGAUACCUUUAGCAUACUUCCUGCAUCAAGGGCACAUACAUCAGCACAAUCGAAACAAAAAAAUUCACUUUUUUAGCAAAGUACAUUCAAUUGAACAUUUCAUAUAAAUCCAAUAUAGCAAAAUGACAAUGGCUGUUAGCUCCCAUGUUCAAGUGCAAUUUUUUAAAGUGCUGUCUUACUAAGUCUUGUUUAUUAACUAAUUUAUUUUAAUAUGAAAAUAAAUGGAAGAAACCAAGUGAGAAAAUUACGUGCACUAACUUACCAUGACAGAGUUUUCCAAACUUGAUUCCAUGUAGCGUGACUUACUGACAAAUGUCUGUGGAAGACACAGGAACGACUGCAGCUCAGUUGUUCCCUAGACAAGGACAUCCGAGUAAGUAGUGGCUGGAGCAUACAGGGUCAGCAUCAGGGAUAGUUCACUUUUAGACUUUAACGUUUGUAACCGGUUAGUAAACAGACGCACGAUGGUUUUAAAGAACAAGCAAGUCUUGUAAAAUAGUAUGAAUGUAAGUGCUAGGAAGGAUAUAGUGGGCUGCGUUUAAACAUUCCGUGUUCGUACUCCUUUUUGUAUGUUUAUACUGUUGAUGCCAUAUUAAUAUGAAAUAAUUUGUUGCAUAGUGUCUUUAUUUGUAUAAAUGUUUGUAUGCAUGGUAUAUUGUAUUGGCUUUGCCUGUAUUUAUUGCAAUGACUGCCAGCUCAUGGGAGCCCUGUUACACAGGAUAACAAAAUGGGGUGUUCACACUGACUCAGAUACACCAGUUGGAAAACUAUAUACAUAUAUAUAAUGUGUAUAUAUAUAUAUGUAUAUACCUAUAUUUGUGUGUGUGUGUGUGUGUGCGUGAGCGUGCGCGUGUCUUUUUAUUAACCAUUUGUAUAUAAAAUAUCUGUCAAAUCACAAGCAGAGUUAUUUUACAGUUUAUUUGCAGUGACUUCUAAGGCAGUACUGUUUAGCACUUUGAUAUUAAAAUCUUGCUCAUGUUUUGCUAAAUUCAAAUAAUAUUUAAAAACUUUAGUUCUAAAAAACUUUAUAUGCACUGUAUUAAGUCAAAAUUUUGUUGGUCAUUUUGCUAAGGAAAUUUUUGAAUGUCAACCUGAUGUCACUGUAUCUUUUGUUAGCUUUAAACAUUCUAGCUUUUGUCUUUUUUUAAACUAUGCUGUUUAUAUGGAAAUUAAAUUAUACAAUCAAACAGAUGCCAAAUGAAUUGCCUAAUUGCUGCAAAGGAUAACCCAGAUAUCGAGUCACUGUAUGGUUUUCAAAUAGUAAUCUGGUAUUUUAUCACUUACUAUGUUUGGAUGUGCUUUUAUGAAAAAAUUAUUCUUAUAUCAAGAUUUAUAGUAGUGUCAAUAGGGAAACAGACUUCUAAUCACUAUAGUUAAUAUUUCCGGUUUACCUGCAGAUAAUAUUUGGAAAAGUAUUGCUUUUUGUAUUGACUUUUAAGCUUAUGUGCAAACAUAAUAGCAUAAUUAAAUAUCAGAGAAGCUAAUGUUUCUUGUAGGUUGCUGUAACAAGCCUGACCAGCAAGACAAAUAUAUUUUGACUGAACUUGCUUUUGUAUAUACUAUAUAUAUAUAUAUACAUAUAUAUAUAUACACACACUCACACACAUGUGCGCAUACAAAAACAUACAGAUGCAGAAUCCGAAAGUAUGUUUACUUCUGUCUCCUUGUGUAAGACACAAGGUCCUUUGAGAAAUCCUUCUACCUAGGGACAAAGCCUGCAAGGUGCUGAGCACCAGCUGAGGGCUCGCAAGCUCUUCCCUCGCGAGCGGGCCCUUCCAAUGCAUUUUCAUGCCGAUCAGCAUAGUGCAGUGAAAUUGCUUUUUUGUUGAGCGAGGUUUAUUUAUUCAGUGGGAUGUGAGUGGAGGUAGCAGGUCCAGAGCCCCACGUGAGAUUUCAUGUAGCCAGUGUGCUUCAGUCUUCCAUAGAUAGUCUUAACUGUGAUGCUCUCCCAAAUCCCAUCAUCUAUGGAGCCGUCCUUCAUUUCAACUUCAGUGCACAGAUGCAUUGUAGAGUACAACCAGUGACAGGUCACGGUGGUAAAAGGAAGAAUUAAUGCAGAAUAAAUCUACUACUUUCCUUAGAGCUCUCUCAGAGUGAUCAUGCCUUUGUCUAGGCAGAAUUCAGGAAUAUAUCAGGUGUUAAGGGAGAGUGCCUUGCUUUUGUUUCAGACAACAGUGUUUCAAGAGUUUCUUCACUCCGCUAACUGCAGUACUUUCUCCUUUUUUCCUUUUUUUUUUUUUUUUUUCUUUUUUGUGGUGUUAACCUGUGGGUUGAAAGAAAUGCUCUUGUACAUAUACAAUGUAAAUUAAAAUUAUUAAAUUGAAUAACAUUUUUUUCAGAGGCCCCAUGUGUGUUGAAUAAGUAUGCUUAAUUCUGUUAAACUCUGAUGUGAAUUUUUUAUCAUUUAUAAAACAUUAAAAAAUUGUCGACUUGAGUCUUAAAAGUGGAAAAAUUGGUGAAGCAUGCUUAAGAACACUGGCAGUUUAAUGGCUAGUCCUUAGAUUAAAAGAGCUUUUAUAUGAAUACAAUAAGACCUGCAGUAUCUGGUUACUCGGUCUCGAUUAGAUCCUGAGAGCUGGACCACGGCUGUCGCAGAGGCUGAACUACCCCAGGAGCAGAGAAUAGGGACCCCCUUCUCCUCACUGUACUGCUCCUCCCUAUCAGGAAGAGGUUGUUAAUUAACUUGCAAAUGAUGACAGCCACGAGAGAUGGAAGGGAGAGCUGUAGAGCUGGUCAUCCCACAGCAUGUGUGUCUGGCUAGAAAGAGGACAGAGCUCUGAUCCCAUUUUCUGCCCUGGUAAGACGAUGGUCUCCUGUGGGCACCUGCAGCACUUUCUUUGUAUGUGCGGCCAGCUCCUUUCCUUCCCAUGCCCUCGAUUCGUAGGAGGGAUGACAUCCCCUAGCAGACAAAACUAUUUAACCAUAAAUGCGUUUUCUAAGCACUUCUGAGGGCAUCUGCCACUAUUCUGCUGUCUCCAUAAAUACUAAUGCCUCCAGCACACCUCCGCAAGAGCUGCUCUGCAGGAACUGCUCAGCUGGAGGCUGCACCGAGUGCUGUGCUGUGCAGGACCUGCGGCUCCUUCUUGGGAAGUGCGGCAAGGCAAAAGGAUGCACAAACUCUUCCAAAGUAUUUAUUGCUUCUUCUUCUUUUUUUUUUUUUUUAAUAGCUUUUUUUUUUUUUUAAAAAGUAAACUCCCUAAUGGGAAUGUCAAGGAGUUUUGCUUAAUAGUCCCGUUAGGUAAAACGCAGAUCUUGUGACAAACCGACACCAGGGUCUGAAUUUUAACCCUACAAGACUAAGCUUACCCCCACCAAGUUUGCGUGUAUUUCAACUUGUAGUCACUUCAGGGAUGGUAAGUUGUGUCCCUAGGCAUGAGACCAGAAAUGCAUCCCGAUCUAGAUCACCUGCAUUUGCAUCCUUACGUGUGCCUUACGUGCUUGUGCUCCUAAACCACACCAGUGGCAGUGUCCUUGAUGUGAUGCCCGAUCGUUGAAUCCAGCCUCGGAAGCAUGGGCUGAGUCAGGAACAUGAUAGCGGAGUCACCUCACCUAGCAGAGACCAUCCUUGAACAGUAGGCCGACACCAAGGCACCCCAAAAUGAGCAACUUUAAUCAGAGGUGAGUCAAAUCUCUUUCUACAGCUUUCCUACCGUUACUUGUCACAUUCAAGUUCACUUAUCCAAUACACAAAGCUAAAAUUUCCGUUGUGAUGCAGCGAGGGGAGAGAAAGAGGUUUAAUUGUAGAAAAUUAAGCAUGUCUGACAAAAGCGGCAACUCCCUCUAUGGACCCUAUGAAACACGUUGUUUGAUUAAUUAUUUGUAUUAUAGCAACACCUAGAGGCCGCAGCAGAGAUCAGGACCCCACUUGGUAGCUACCCUAAUUCACACCUACAGUACUCACCCAGAGAAGCUCUGGUCCAAGCAGGCAAAGCAGAAAGAAGAGCAACCCAGGAAAAAAAGGAGUAGAGUGCCAUGCCCAAGGGCAGGUAGCACUUUGCUCCCAGAGCUGGGAAUAAAAACUUCUGCUUACCGAGUUAGUGAGUGCCCUUAUUUUGAUUUCCUUUUCUUUCCUUGGGCAAUUUACACUUCCACUGUGUCAAAUUUUAUACAUACACGGUAAAGCAUUAAAAAAUGCAAAAUAACUCAUGUUGUACUCAAACUGAUCUUGUCUGCCCUAUGUAUAUGAGUGGUGGUGGCCUGUCAUCCAUGGGACUGCUCAAAACCCUGCUCAAUCCAAUGUUUGGAAGCUGUGAUACAAGCUAGAUAGUAUGUGGAAAAGAGCUAUCUAGCUGAUCUUUAUUAAAUUAAUGAAAUUGAUCAUUAGGAAUAUAACAAGAUAUGGAUUAAACAAUAAUUAUUAAUGGAUAAUAAAGAUUAACUUUUUAAAAUGCCAAACUAUUGAUGCAGUAAUUGAAUAAAUGGGGAGUCAAUUAAUCAGCUUCUUAAAGUUGAUGACAUAUUUGUGAACUGUAUCCCUGGCCUAUAUUUCUGAGAUUUAAAAAUAGAGUUAUUUGUCGAAUACAAGAAAAAGAAACUCAUUUACCCUGUGGAAAUGCUUUUAGCAUUUUUUCUUUUGUUUGCUUUUUAAAGACACCUUUAUUUUUAUAUUCACAGUAUGAGAUAUUCUGGCUGCAUUGGGUUACAGAAGAAAUUUGACUGUGUGAAGUUGUGACAUGGCUGUGUAAAUUAGAUGAGAUUCUGACUUGAAUUCACAGAAGCAAGGAUUUUCCUUAAAUAGAAGGGUGGGAUUCCAGCUGUAUGUAAUUAGAUAUUAUGUAUGUACCACGAUACGUAUGUAUGUAUAAUGGGACUACUCUAAUGUCAAGUACAAGAUUCUGAAGUCACGCA